AUGGCCUCGCAUGCCAUCACCAUAUCGGCCAUGCGCUCGCGAGGCGUUUGCAUGAGGACUCGGCCGCGUAUAUGGACACAUGCAAUUAUGAGGCCUCAUCUGGGCCGCGCUAGGUCCCUGCAUGUUGCGCCUUUUCUCAUGCCGCCGUUGGUGUUUACUGGCUUGUUUGUGGCUUUGUGGAGUUGGAAGUGUUUGAUGAUGGUUCUGUUCCAGAAUAUGAUUAUCUAUAAUCCUUUCUUGCCACCCAAUUCCCGGAGUUUGACCAUUGAGGAGUUCUCCCGCGACUGUGGACGUGUUAAAUGGAGGGAAGAGAGAAUUAAAUCAUUGGAUGGAACAGAGAUUGCUUUGUGUGUAGCAGAUGUUCCCCCAGUAUCUCAAGUAAGUGCUGGCAAGACAAAGACACCAGUUUACAUCCUCUACUUUCAAGGGAACGCAUCGUCGUUGCCGCCUAGAUUACCAGAUCUGUCUUGGAUCAUACGGCGAGCACACGAUAAUGAACCCUCAGUCAACUACACACUGGUUUGUCUUAGUUAUCGAGGGUAUUGGACAUCUCAUGAUCGACCAUCAGAACCAGGAAUAGAUCUUGAUUCGCAAGCAGCACUACAAUGGAUAGCUCAAUUGCAUGAAGGCAGAUCGAAAAAUGCUGAUCAGGAGAAACCAACAGUGCUACUCUGGGGACAGAGCAUUGGUUGUGGUUUCGCAACCAAUCUAGCAGCCAAAGGCCAAUUCCCUCCCAAUAUAAAACUUAACGGUCUUGUUCUGGAAACACCCUUUACAAACGUCCGAGCGAUGCUCCAAGCAUUAUAUCCACAGAAGUGGCUUCCAUACCAAUAUCUCUGGCCGUUUCUCCGAAACCACCUGGACAGCUGGACCAACCUCGGCAUGAUAGCCAAGAGAUUCCCAGAUACGCCACCGGGGAUAUACAUAGUGGAAGCCGGCAAAGAUGAGCUUGUACCUGCCAAUCAUGGCGAGGAACUGCUUCAGCGAUGCCAACAGGCUGGACUCCCGGUGGAGCGACAGAAGGUACGCGGGGCACUUCACAAUGAAGCCAUGGUGAGAGUCUCGGGCAAACAAGCACUUGCGCAGUCCAUCUCGACGGCUGCAACACGGGCACGGGAACAGGACUUGUUAAGAAAAGGAGAAGAUGUGAACAAUGCAGGGAAGGGCUAG